UGUCAACACAAACAGAAGCUAACAGCGGUGAAGUUUGGACUCCAGCUGCUGCCUGCUUGUACAGUAUGUUGACAGCCUUGGCUCUGCAGAACUGAAUGAGGUGCGAUCUUCUGCCUGUGCUGUUUUCUAAGUGCUGCUGCCGCGAUGGGCCAGCAGGUCUCAGGUCAGGCGGUGAUGACCCGUCUGCCUGAGAAGUUGAUGAAACACGCCGGACUUGUACGAGACAGCGGCUAUCUGACCUACGAGGAGUUUCUGGCAAGAGUCUCCGAACUUAACGAUGUGACGGCCAAGCUAGCUGCUGGACAGCAGAAGCACCUGCUGUUUGAGGUGCAGCCAGGAUCCGAUGCCACGGCCUUGUGGAAGGUGGCUGUCAGGAUCGUCUGUACCAAGAUCAACAAGGAGAACGGUAACGUGGAAGCGACACGUAUCAUGAACCUGUACCAGUUCAUCCAGCUGUAUCGUGACAUCACCAGCCAGGCUGCUGAGGUAUUGUCUUCAGAGGGCGCCACCGGGGCCCCGUCUGCCCAGCUCCCCGCCACCGACUCCUGUCAGGCCAGCAUGUGGAUGGGCAGAGUGAAGCAGCUGACUGAUGAAGAGGAGUGCUGCAUCUGCAUGGACGGAAAGGCCGACCUCAUACUGCCCUGCGCACACAGUUUCUGUCAGAAGUGCAUUGAUAAGUGGAGCGGGCAGAGCCGAAACUGUCCGAUAUGUCGUCUGCAAGUGACUGCUGCCAAUGAAUCGUGGGUAAUGUCCGAUUUCCCCACAGAGGACGACAUAGCCGGCUACAUCCUCAACCUGGCUGAUGAGGCGGGCCAUCCACACAGGCCUUAACACACACACAUGCACACAAAAACAGCAAGAGAAAUCAACCCAAGUAGACUUUACAUGUUACAACACAGAAAUGUCACUUUCACUGAGGAGAAUUUUUUUUCUUUUAAAGCUAACAAAGCAAGAAGAAACCGGUGUGGUUUCCUGCUCCUUGUGUACAUGUAGGAUACAGGUGUACAGGAUAAGA